CUGCUGGAUAUCUGCUGGAAACCACAGCUUCAGCUCCACCACAUAGACCUCCCCCAGCAUUGGCUGAAUGAAGAAGAAGAUCUCUGCAACCAGCAGAGAAACUUCAGAGUGAAACAGGAGGAACCAGAACCUCUACAGAAUAGAGAGGAGAAAGAGGAACCAGAACCUCCACAGAUUAGAGUGAAACAGGAGGAACCAGAACCUUCUCAGAUUAGAGAGGAGAAAGAGAAACCAGAACCUCCUCAGAUUAAAGAGAAACAGGAGAAACCAGAACCUCUUCAGAUUAGAGAGGAGAAAGAGGAACCAGAACCUCCUCAGAUUAAAGAGAAACAGGAGGAACCAGAACCUUCUCAGAUUAGAGUGGAGAAAGAGAAACCAGAACCUCUUCAGAUUAAAGAGGAGAAAGAGGACCCAGAACCUCCACGAAUCAUAGCGGACCAGGAGGAACCAGAACUUCCACGAAUUAUAGCAGACCAGGUGGAACCAGAACCUCCUCAGUCUAACGAGACCCAGGAGGAGCAAGGACCUCCUCAGAUUAAAGAGGAUAAAGAAGAGACAGAGCCACAAAACAGAGAUCAGAGGAAGAGAAAAGACAGAGGUCAUCUCCAAAGUGUGGACAGCGCUCAGAUGUCAGAAGGUCAGUGUGACUCUGAUGUUAGAAAAAAGUUCAAGAUAAAAACUUUGAUUAAGAAACACAAAGAAUCCCCAACAGAAAAGACACGUUCCGCUGCAGGAUCUGGUAAAAGAACAAGAAUUACUCACAAUAUGUCUGUACACAUGAGAACUGAAUCUGAUGAAACCCCUUAUGUUUGUGAGGAAUGUGGUAAAAGAUUUGGUUCUAAGUGUAGGUUCAGAGUUCACAUGAGAAUCCACAAAGGAGAGAAGCCCUUUCCCUGUAAAGAAUGUAAUAAAAGUUUCAGUCAAGGGUGUGAUCUCAAAAGACACAUGAGAAUCCAUACGGGAGAGAAGCCUUAUUUGUGCAAAGAAUGUGAUACAAGUUUUAAUCAAAUAACUCAUCUCAAAACACACAUGAGAACUCACACAGGAGAGAAGCCUUUUUUGUGUAAAGAAUGUAAUAAAAGUUUCAGUCAAGGGUGUGAUCUCAAAAGACACAUGAGAAUCCAUACAGGAGACAAGCCUUUUCUAUGUAAACAAUGUGAUACACGUUUUAACCGUAUGUCUACUCUCAAAGAUCACAUGAGAACUCACACAGGAGAGAAGCCUUUUCCCUGUAAACAAUGCGAUACACGUUUUAAUCGUAUAUCUACUCUCAAAGAUCACAUGAGAACUCACACAGGAGAGAAGCCCUUUCCUUGUAAAGAAUGUGAUAAAAGUUUCAGUCAACAGUGUGAUCUCAAAAGACACAUGACAAUCCAUACGGGAGAGAAGCCUUAUUUGUGCAAAGAAUGUGAUACAAGUUUUAAUCAAAUGUCUCAUCUUAAAACACACAUGAGAACUCACACGAGAGAAGCCUUUACUUGUAAAUAAGGCAAUAACUAAUUAAAUGAAAAUUCUCAAGUUAGAAAAAGAAGGAAAACUUAAAGCAGAUUUUUAAAGUAGAAAAGACAAUAAAGGUUAAAGUAGAACAAGUAAAGAGUGGUGAAUAAGUGUUGAAGAGGCUGAAAUUUAGAUCAGAACAAUAAGAUUAAUUUAUUGUUGGCACUUGUAUUUGUUGUUGUUUAGUUUUUUAUAACCUAUAAAAUACAAAGUUUUGAGUUUCAGCAAGUGUAAAUAAAACCAAAGACCUGUAGAAAGGAAGAGUGUCUUCAUUUCCUGAGGGUCCUCAUGUCUUUGCAUGUUAGUGUAAAUGUAGGGAGGUCUGUCUGACACAGUUCUUGUUGUUGUUUGUAUAUUUCAGGCAAUAAAAACCUAAAGUUUUGAGUUUCAGAGAGUGUAAAUAAAAUCUAAG